AGCCUAGCUUUUUUGGCUUACAGUUGUGAUAGUGGGAGCUUUGCAGCCAUGAUGAAUUGUGCGAGUGAUUGCGAAUGCCCGCAGGGCCCAAAGAGUUGCAGGCCUGCCCACAUCGUCACCGAGGGUGAUGCAAUAGAUGCAGUCGAAGAAGUUGCAGAAUCAUCCGAGUCACUGUCCAGGUGCAACAAGGUCAAGUUGUGUUUUGAGCGCUGUGAAUCCCUGGACACGGAAGAACCACGCUCCCCACUAUCAAGUGGGAAGUCGGAAGACUUUGGAGACGAUUUUGCUCUAAGUGGCCUAUCCAAGGAGAGUGCGCUUGACUUGCAGCACUGCCUUCUCCAAGCAUUUGCAUCUCCAGGGUUUCAGAAGAGGCUACAUGUGAUUGCCAGAAGAUACAGAGCCUCUCAGGGUAAUGAUCCUGAAAGCUGGAAGGACUUCAAGAACUUGGUGCGGUCUUUCCAAGCCGAAAUCAUACCAGCAUAUGGCUUCGAAGCAUCCAGCCAAGGCGUUCACGACAUGCAGCGUGCUUUUGUAGCGUUCGAAAAUGACCCAGACAUUUACGUGAAUGCUGCGGCCAUCAACGAGGCACUUUUCAGUGCUAUGAAGCUGCCUGACUCAAAGAAGGACCCUACCGAAUGCAUAGGCUUUGGCCGGAAGCCUGGUUCCAGGGUCACAGUCAUGGAUAUGCUCCACAACUUGAUCAUUGCUUUCAGUGGCCCUUCAUUUCAAGAGGAAAUCCGCAAGCUCAAAGUCAGAGCCAACUUCAAUGCUGGACGAGUAGAAGAUCCACGAGGCUAUUACCACUUGCCUGGCAGGGCAGAACUUGCCCUUCCCUUGCAGCAGCCGACUCUGAAAAGCUAUGGCUUUUCGGGAGACAAGAAUGGUGUUCGUGACAUGGUUCGAAGCUGCAUACCAUACCUUGCCGACCCUGAAGUGGCAAGGACCUUUGAUGCAGUGAACUUGAAGCUUGGCAUGUCUCGAGCUGCGGCUGAAAACUUUCGCGAGCUAGCAUGUGAUCUGUAGAUUUGCAGCUUGAACAGCAGCUGCCGGCUACUGUGAGGCUGCUUGAACAGUGCAGCUUGGGCAAUGGUGGCAUUUUGUCGCCUUUCCUUGUAGGCUCACGCUGAGCAUGGAUCUUCCUUAGAAUAGUGUAGGGCUUUUGAAAUGCCUGCGCCUGGAAGGCUCUUGGUAUUUGCACCGUUUUCACAGAACGUUGUGAUCAUAGCUUGGGCUCGAGACUUUGAACAGAGAGCCAAGCAAUGCUCAGAGCGGGCAAGUACCUUGGAGAUUGUGCCCCAAGGGGAGCAUGAGGGAAGACAAGUCGGAUGAUGGCAGGACAGUCAGACCUGUGCAGGGUUGCUGCGCACUUGCAAAUCAGCACAUGAGGCUGGUGCUUUUAUAGCCACCACAGACUUGGGCUUGCGCCGUUUAGAAGUGCAACCUUGGGGAGCUGUACAUUACACAAUUGUGAACAAUUUUGCUUCCGGGGCAUCUGGACAGUGUACAGUUGGCCUAACAAGACAGCGCAGAAAAAACAUGCAGUACAGAAAUUCGAUCUCUAUCCAGUAAAUUGCAAAUUCGGACAGCGCCACAGGCGCUGCAAUUUGGCAGCGGUGCAAUUCUUGGCCUAUUUUGAGCACGAUGGGUGCUUGACCUUGAUUUCUUGCUCGCUCUCGGAACUGAGCACAGGAACUUUAGACUUUGCCCGCCCUUUACGGGUGGCUGCUUGCGGGGCUUGCAG